UCUCUCUCUCUCUUCAUUUAGCCGGAAAAAAAAUUACCAAAGUUUUCGUUGUAUGGUCAAUUGUUCUUCAAUAGACCUUCCUUCCUUCUCUCUCUUUCCUCCAGAAACACCACAUCGGCGUCUCCUUUCCGUGUUGACCAGAUCUCUUCUUCUAUCAAUUCCACCAUGCGCUGAGAGAUGCCAAAGGAAUAAACUCUUUUAGUUUUUUUCUUGAUCUGGAUCGACCUCGAAUGGGGUUUUUGAAUAUCGUUUUACUCGUGGCGAUGAUUCUCAGUUUCCAUGCCUUCCUCCUUGCUCAAUCGCAACAACAAGAUCAAGAUCAAGAUCGACGCCAAUCUCAAUCCUCUCCUCCUCCUCCGCAUUCAUUUUGGGAGUCCCAAUCUCCUCCUCCACCGACUCCUCAGUUCAACACCCCUCCUCCGCCUCAAUCAACCGUCGGCAUUAUAUCUCCUCCGCCGCCUCCACCAUCUCCAUCACCUCCUCCGCCUCCUCCUCCUCCGAGUGAGCUAGCUUCUCCUCCGCAGUCUCAUAGAAACAAACCACGGAGGUUACGGCCGCCUCCUCCUCCUCCUCCUCCUGUACGAACCUUCAAUCAGUCGGAGAAAAGCGGCCGGUUAAACACCGGGAAGAUCGUCGGUCUGGUGUUCGCCGGGAUCGCAGCAUUGCUGCAGAUUUGCGUCGUAGCCUUCUUGGUCUUCAAGAGAAAUCAGCUCCUAAGGAUGACACAUACUUAUUGAUUUGGGGGAAAAUAUAUAUAUAUUUAAUUGAAUUUUCAUUCAUCGCCGGGAAAAAAAACACACUUUUUUGAGAGACGAUAAGGAAGAUUGAUUAUAAUCGCACGAUGAUGUUUUCCUCUUUAUUUGGAUCAACACACAAUUCAUCUUAGCCUUUUUCCUCUGUAAAUGGUUACAUUUCUUGUUUUUGACUAUUCUUUUCAUUUGUUUUCAUCUUUUUAAGGUUGUGUAGUUUUUCAUUUACAUGCCCUAAGACAAGAUUCUAACUAAAAAGUCAAACACAACAGCGGUGGAGUGUAAGAGAGAAUUGCUCUCUCAAGUUCAUGUGUAAUUGUUUUUUUUUUUGUAGCGAUUCUGUGAUAUCUAA